AUGGAACCUCCAACCAGACAGAUAUUAAAGGGGUUGCCGUUGUUAGGUUCUAAACGAUCCAAUACUCCAGACAAUUUGUCAGCUAAGGAUAAAAGGUAUUAUCAACAGGUUGAAAAAGCAUUGACAACUUUUGAUUCAUUAGAAGAAUGGGCAGAUUAUAUAUCAUUCUUAUCAAGAUUACAAAAGGCAUUGCAAUUGAAUGAAGAUUCAGCUCGAUCUCAAAGUAGCAUACCUUAUGGUUCCCUUAUUUCCAAUAAAUUAUCACUUUGUUUAUCGUCAAGAUUACCAAAUGGAGUCCAUCAAAAAACACUUAGUAUUUAUGAAUCUAUAUUUAGUUCUUUAACUACAGAAGCAUUGAAUGAUGACCUUUCAAUUUGGUUACCUGGCCUUUUACCAGUGCUAUCAUAUUGCUCUAUCCUGGUCAAGCCUCAAUUGAUUCAUAUAUUUAAAGUAUAUUUAUUGCCUUAUAUUCGAAAAGAAAAUUUAAGAAUCAUAUCAAAACCUAUCAUCUUAAGUUUAUUACCUGGACUUGAUGAUGAAAAUUCCGAAGUUUUCGGCGAUGUGAUUGACUUAGUGGAUACAUUCAAAUUAAAAUUAGAUGAUGAUAGUCAUUUUUGGCAGAGUAUGUUUCUUUGUAUCAUAAGUAAUCCUGAAAAGAGAUUAGGUGCUUUACUUUGGUGUAAUAGAAGACUACCUGUAUUUUCAACAAUAGGAGAAGGUAAAGAAGAUGAUCCAGUUUCUACUGAAGCUAAUGCAUGUUUAACACCUGAACCUGGAUUAUUAAUACGAUCUUUUUCAACGGCCAUAAGUUCGUCAACUUCAAUGAACUCGGCUAGUGAUAUUAUUGUGGUAAGAGGAUUUUUUGAUUUAUUAUUAUCACACUUACCACUUGAUUGUAAGAUCUUCAAUACAGUAAUUUCUUCCACUGAUAAAGAAUUAUUAAUAAUGGCAUGUUGUAAAGUUACACUAAAGAAGGAUAUGAGUUUAAACAGAAGAUUAUGGAAUUUAUUUUUGGGACCAGAACCAGAUACAGAGGUUCAAAAAUCAUUAAGUCGUUCAAAGUAUUUUGAGAAUUAUGCUUUAGAAAGCUUAUCAACAAAAUUAUUGGAAUUUGUUCAUUCUCUGUCGUCUCUGAAGGUGAUUGAAGCGUUUAAGAUUUCAUUAUCACUUAUUAUGGAUAAAUGGGAAAUAAGUACAUUACUUACUCCGAAGUUAUUUUCACCCCUCCUUGAAAUCUGCUAUGAAAGUAGGAAUAAUGCUGAGAUAUUGGCAUCAGCCCAAGCAUUCUUUGAUGGUAUCGAAUCAUCUUAUAUAUGGAACGAUAUCAUUCUCAUAAUAGUUGAAAAUGAUGAAAAGAGAUUACAUGUUCUUGAAUUUGUAUUGAGAAGCUUUAACUUUAACGAAGAAGAAAUGAUUACCAUCCAUGCUCCAUUAGCAGCAUUAUGUUUAUUAUCAAAUGCUUCAACCAAUGAAAUCAAUUCGAAAAUAAUUUCAAUUCUUGAAUUAUUAAUCAGCUUAAUUCCCCAAAGAGCUUUUGGAUUGAUCAAUAAAGAUACUACAAUUUCCCUUCCACCUUUAGAAAUUGUCAACAAAAUCAAAACAUUUUAUGAUGAUAUUAAAAUUAAGAAUGUUGAAUUUCCAAUUCCAAAUGAUGGUCUUUCAUUUUUAACGCUUGAUUUAUUAUCAAAUUUGAUUAUAAAAUAUCUUAAUGAUGUCCCUAUUUCAUACCGUUUAAUUUCUAUUUUAUGUGACAUUUUGAAUAUCAUUCCUAAAAAGGAUUCGUAUGUGUGGCUCAAUAAAGAUCUACUUGAUGCUUUCUUAAAUAUAUCAAUUCCAACAGAAUUAAUUCAAUCCAACGAUGGAAAGAUUUUAUUAUCAUUUGGGGUUUCCCGACUCUUCAAUCUUAUUUCAAGAUCAAUGAAAAAUUUGGAGAAAGAAAAAUUACUCAAAAUAAUUCUCUCUAACUUGUGGGUUUCAUUAUAUUCUUCUAGUCCAGCAAAUUAUCAAGUCGAGUCUGUCAAAGCCAUUUACGAUUUGGAAUUGAGUAUUCUGCACUAUAGUGUUGAAGCUGGUUUAAUCGAAUUACUUCUUCAACUCCCAAUUUAUCUUAAGGUAAGGGCAUUUGAAACACUUUGGACCCAUUCAAACUCUUUAAGUGAGGGUGAUCGUAUUUUGAUUAGACCAUUGCAAAUCUUAUUGGAUGCUCUUACAGUUGAAGAUGAUCCUAAUUCACAACCUGUCAUUUCCUUUAUUGGAUCUUCGGUUAAGAAUGGUUCCGCAAAUAGACUCUUGAAGCUUAUUACUGAUCCCUUAUUAAGUUUUGGUUUUAUUCAAGCAGAAAGGGUUGAACUAGUUGCUGAUGAUGAUUUGAAUCAAUUUUCUUACUUUUUGAUUACGGUUUUGAAUGUGCUUAAAUCCAAUGGAAAACAUAUGAAAGAAACAUUCAACAAUGAGUUUGCAGUUAUGGAUAAUAGCUCUAAGUUGAAUCUUAUACAACAAAAUGAUUGGGAGAUAUCUACUUAUAAAACGUUAAUCUUGUCAAUAAUUGAAAAAUUCUUUGAAUUAAAGCUCGACCCUGGUUUACUAGAAGAUGAAAGUGCUUUAGAAGUUUAUUAUAAUUGCGUGGAAACAGGACUCAAGUUAAUGGAAUUGUUAAUAACUGGAAGCGAAAGUUUCUUCGUUGGCAAGUUUCACUCUCUUGUGAAUAUUUGUUUUUAUUAUAUGAAUAUCGAGACAGACAAGAUGUAUAUCAUUGAACUUUUAGAAACCAAACUCUUGAAGUCAAUAUUUCACUAUUUGGAGCUUGCAGAUGACUUAAAGAUCAACUUGAAUUUGUUACUCAUUGAAGAUGAUGAAACCGAACCACUUUUUGUCAGAUUCAUAAUUCAAGGUAUUGAGAAGACAAAGACUUCCCUUUUGUUGGAAAGUUGGGUUUCUUUGUUAACAAGAUCUUUGCACUUAUUUCAUGAUUCCGUAUUCAGUGUUUUAUUAAGCUUGAAUGAUGCAAUUAUUAAAAAAGUGGAAGGUUAUUUUAAAAGAAUUUCUCAGUUUGAGGAAAUAGGAAUUCUUGAAGAUAUCGAAUCAUCUAUUAAUAUACUAGUUUCAGGACUUGAAGAUUUUCUUUCUAUAAGUCAUAGCUUUUUAGUCCGUUCAGCUUUAGGGGCUAGCCAAGAGAGGACCACCCUUACUACUUCAGAUUCAGGAUUUUUGAACACUGUCAUACAAGGUGUGUUUCUGAUAGAAUCACCCGCCUUACGUACAACUGCAUACAACAGACGUUAUUCUGUAAUCCUAUCUUUCCAAGAUGCAACUAAAAUCUGCUUUCAAAUAUGGAGUUGGUCCGAUUCCAAACCAAGAUCUCCCAAAGACUCAUUUAAAUUAGCUGAAAGAUCAUUAACUUCAUUGGGACAUAAACUUAAAUUCAGAGCAAGAAAGUUAUUAGAAGCACUCAUGGACUUAGAAAGAAGAGAAGUUAUCGAAACCAUAGUUGAAUUCUCUACUUCAGAGGUUCCUGUAGUAAAGCUACUACAUAUUUUAGACGGUGGAAGAUCCCAAAUCACUUUGCCACAUAUAUUUGAUUCUAUAAUAUCUAGAUGCUACCCUCAACUUUUGGAUGAACAAAGGAGGUCUUCAUUGAGUACGACCAUUACAGAUAAAGAACUUUCGAAGUUUUUGGUCUCAUACUUCCAUUCAAUUGAUAUUGAUGCUAUUUCUGACAUUUGGGUUAGUUCUUUUCAAUUCUUUAAGGAUAUUUUAUCACAUCCUAGUCACUUCAGACCUAUAUUUCCCGACUGUCUUAAAGUAUGUGCCAUUCUUUCAAACAAGCUCAACGUUUCUAAAUUGAGAGAUCAAAGAAAAUAUAAAAAAGAACUCGCUGACGUAUUUUCUAGACUUUUGAAUAGUACUGUCAGCAGCAAGACAGGAUUCUCAAACAGUGAAGCUGAAGAAGUAGAGGACGAGGAAGCCAAGGAAUUGACACCUAGUUCAGAUGGUGUGUUAGUUAUUCAAGAUGAUAUUUUAGAUGCUAUUUCUGUGGUAUUAGAGCAAUUAGACAGCAUACUUCAAGAUUCAGAUAAAGUGGUUCCUGUUGUAAACAUUCUUAUAACAUACUUAAUUACUCCACAAAUAAGACCUAAGAAGCUUGGAGAAAUCUCAUUGAAGACCCUUACAUUACUUGAAUUAAUUGGAAAAUACCACCCUAUUAAAGCUUGGAAGAAUGCAGUUUUUGAUGCUUUUAUGGAUGUUAACUUUUUUAGUUUCAGUUCGAAUAAGCCAAAACUUUGGAAUUCAAUAAUUAGUCUUUGGAUUUCAAGCGACAAAGAAAGGAUUGGAGAUAUGAUUCUUAGGAUCACUCCUACUGCUCUGUCAACUGCUGGUAACAUUUUCACUUGGAAUGAAAAUUCGGAAAUUGAAAGCAAAAUUGGAACCUUAAAGAGAGUGACUUAUCUCAUAUCUAUUCAACCUAAAGACUAUUUCCUUGAACAUUUUGAUGAGAUCUUUAACAGAAUAGAAUAUGCGUUAUCUAUGUCAUGUCCUGCAGCAUAUAGAGCUGCUAUCGCUACUUUGCUUAGAGCACUUUCACUAAAGUUCAGUGAGUUACAUUUACUUCCACGUUGGACAAUAAUUUCACAGGAGUUAAUAUCUAUCUUUGAACUUCUUUUGACAAGAACUCCAAAAGAAUUAAAUAGUAUUCCCAAUGACGAGCUCAAACUCCUCCUUAAUGGCUGCAAAUUAUUGGAUCAACUUCUCAUACUUGGUUACGAUGAAUUUAAUCUACAAGAAUGGCUUUUUAUUUCCAAUAGUCCAGAUGUUAUAAACGGAAAAGCAUUGUCUCUCUUGGUAUCUAUCAUAGAUAGAAUUUCAAAGUCAUAUGAUCUUACUUACUUGAAAGAUGUACCAGUGAAAAUCGAACAGCCAAAUGGUCCCUUGGUUCCUUUAUUGAACGGAGUCAAAGACAUAACUAGUGUGACAAGAUUGCGUCUAUUUUUUGAUUCAUUAAGUCUUAUUCAUUAUGAAAGAACAUUUGGCUUAUAUGAUGUGGAUGUUGCAAAAUGUAAUGAUGAUGUUUUGAAUGAUUUAAUUUAG